UAAGUCUAUGAUAUGAUAAUAAAAUGAUAAUCUAUAACUCAAAAUACUAUUUACAAGUUUAGUCAAGAUGUAUUAGCUUUCUGCUGCAUUCAUUCGAUUUAUACGAACGUAACUUUGUAGAACUUAUCGUCUGCGAUUUAAUGCGCAUGCGCAUUAUCAAUAUAAACAAUUGAUCGUACUUUGUACUUGUACACAUAAAAAGACCCGAUGAACUCUUCAGAGAUCGUCUUUACAACUCAACACCCUACACAUAAAGCGAUAGAUCUGGUCCAACAACUGAUUCAACAUGGUAGACUAUAGACGAGAAGGCAACGUUGCUAUCCUGACCGUGAACAAUCCGCCAGUGAAUGCAAUAAGUACCAGGGUCAAAGAUGGAAUAUACGAAUGCAUAAGCAGGGCUAAGAAUGACACUAAGGUCAGCGUCAUAGUUAUACAUGGUCAUGGAAAGCACUUCAUUGCAGGCGCAGAUAUACAUGGAUUCAGUGGACAGCGAGAAUCCUCCAAAGUCGUGGCAACAUUGCCUGAAGUAAUAGCCUUCAUGGAGGCGAGUAACAAACCCAUUGUAGCCGCCAUUCACGGGACUGCACUGGGUGGAGGUCUAGAAAUCGCAAUGGGAUGUCAUUAUAGGAUAGCAACAAAAUCAGCCAGGGUCGGCCAGCCAGAAGUUCUUAUUGGGAUCCUUCCCGGAGCUGGUGGAACACAGAGACUCCCAAGGUUAUGCGGUCUAGGGCCUGCUCUUGACCUUAUAUCAACUGGCAGACAUAUUAAAGCCCCACAGGCAUUAAAACUAGGAAUCAUUGAUAAGAUUGUCAGCGAUGAUAUACUGAAGGAAGGAAUUGCAUUUGCAAAGGCUGUGAUAGAUAAACCUCUAAAUGGCAGAAGAAUAAGUACACUGCCUGUCAAAGAUGCUGAAAAUGCUGAGCAACUUAUUUCAGCUGCUAAUGCUUCUGUUAGAAAGAGACAGCGGGGAAUGAUGGCUCCAAUUUGGAACAUAAAAGCAGUUGCCGAAAGUAUCAAGCUACCAUUUGAUGAGGCAAUGGAGAAGGAGGCGGAAUACUUUACUGUUCUUGUGACCUCUAGUCAAGCCCGGGCUUUGCAAUAUGCCUUCUUUAGCGAGCGUCUAGCACCAAAGUGGGAGGUGCCUGGUGUUGCUAGUUAUAAUACAGUAAAGCCAAUGAACAUCAAGACAGCAGCUGUUAUAGGUGCAGGUACUAUGGGUACAGGAAUAGCAAUGGCUCUACUUAAUGCUAGGAUUCCAGUCACUCUUGUGGAGCAAAACAAACAGUUCCUGGAGAAAGGAGUGAAGAUGAUUCAAGACCUCUAUGCAGGGAGUGUCAGGCUUGGAAAACUCACUGCAGACCAGGCUAAAUAUUUGCUGUCAAAUUUAAAGACAAGCCUGUCAUAUGAUGAUUUAUCAACGGUGGAUUGCGUCAUCGAAGCAGUUUACGAAAAUAUGGCAUUGAAGAAAGAAAUCUUUGCCAAACUUGACAAUGCAUGUAAACCCAGUGCAGUACUUUGCUCAAAUACUUCAUCCUUGGACAUCGAUGAGAUCGCAAGCGCCACUAAAAGACCAGAUAAGGUUAUAGGAACACAUUUCUUUGUGCCUGCCUAUUACAUGAGACUCCUAGAGAAUGUCAGAGGGAAGCUGACAUCACCAGAAACCAUAGCAACUGUUCAGUCUCUUGGAGUACGCAUUGGAAAGAUUCCUGUGGUGGUGGGAAACUGCGAUUCAUUCGUUGGCAACAGAAUGUUAGGGACAUACACAUCUGAGGCACAAUUUCUCUUAGAGGAAGGAGCCCUUCCACAUGAGGUUGACAGUGUAAUCAAAGAUUUUGGUAUUCCUAUUGGAGCUUUUGAAGUCAGUGACUUAUCUGGACUUGAUAUUGGCUGGAGAAUACGGAAAGAACGUUAUGAGAAGCUAGAGAAAUCUGGUAAAAAGCAUGACCCCAAUGCAAGAUUCAUAAAUGGCGAAAGAUUCUCCCCUCUUGGUGAUACCCUGUGUGAAAAGGGCAGAUUCGGACGCAAAACUGGCAUGGGUUGGUACCGCUAUGAGAAACCAGGUGCAAAGGAGCCAUUCAUAGAUGCUGAGAUCACUACACUCCUGGAAGAUUAUAGCAAGAAGCAUAAUAUUACACGAAGAAAAAUUUCGCCACAAGAAAUCUUCGAGAGGUGCUUCUACCCAUUGAUCAAUGAGGGCUUUAAAGUUCUGGAAGAUGGCAUAGCAACAAGACCUGAAGAUAUAGAUGUCAUAUGGAUCAAUGGCUACGGUUGGCCUAAAUACACCGGGGGACCGAUGUACUAUGCCAAUCAAAUUGGACUAGACAAGAUUUAUGACACAAUGUGUUACUAUUAUGAACAACAUCCUACAAGCAGUCAUUGGAGACCAAGUGCUUUGCUACGUGAUCUAGCCAAACAACAACUUCCAAUUUCACAAUGGGGGAAACAAGUAGCAAGCAGAUUGUAGUCAGAAACAGUUAGAUGUACUUGUACAAUAAACUGCAUGUACAAUAAACAUGUACAAUAUACAUGAACAUUAAACUACACAAACUAUAAGCUAUGCAUACAAUAAACUAUGUGUACAAAAAAACAUGAACAAUAAACUACAUGUUCAAUAAACAUGUACAAUAAACUACAAAUUCCAAAGUGCUAAAUAAGCUAGAAUGAAAAUAGCUUUGUUGAGAUUAGCCUGUUAAAAAACCUCAAAAUAUGAACACCUAUCAGUGCAUUUAAACACUUUUGACUGGUUCUGCUGGUGUUCACACUAGAUAAGUUUCACUGUAGAUAAUCCAUAAAAACUAAAAUUUAUUCAAUUUUGAUAAUAUACAUA